GGUUUUGUCCAAGAAGUCCUGUCGACUGUCUGAUGUUAUUCCCCCCCUCUCCAUGGUUUUACAUGUGAUGCAGGAACAAUGUGUAGCCAAUAUGCAAAACGUCCCGGUAUGUAGGUGAGCAUGCAUGUUCCCCAUGACGCGCCAGACACCGUGAACGUGCUUCGGGCUGCUGUUACUAUAAUGCAAUGGCGGCGGUGCUGUGCACCAGAGAUGGAUGAGUUACCGGUUCAAAUCCGCUCGACGCAGACACCGUGGAUUAGGAAAUACACCUCUGUCCAGAUCAACCGAAUUCGUAACUGUUUGGUGAUUUAGCAUCAACGUUACUUUAGGAAUGUGUCUAGCAGGGUUAGCUAACGAGCUAAUGCCAGUCUGUGCCAGGGUGAUGUAGGGCUUUUCCGCACAUCUGUCUGCAGUAGCCACCACCCGCCUGCUAACGUUACACCAGGCAACCGGCUGAACAUCACUCCGUCCCUCGACGGGGAGUCUCGGCCCACUCGGACCGGAACAUCAUGGCUGAGAGGAAUUCUACCGGAUUACUAAUGAUGUUGGAACCGAGCCCGGCUAUCGCCAUGUCACUGCCGGUGGAGGUCCGGGAGAAGCUGGCGGAGUUGGAGCUGGAACUGUCGGAAGGGGACAUCACACAGAAGGGAUAUGAGAAGAAGAGAGCCAAGCUGCUGGCCCCCUACAUCCCUCAGAUAAAAGGUGUAGAACCAUCUCUGCAGAAGGAGAACAGGAUCCAGAUGUCUCAGGCUGCUCCACUAGGAUCCAAACACAACAAGUCUCGGGCCACCAACACGCGGGAUGAACGCUUCAGAUCUGACCUGCAUACAGAAGCCGUUCACGCUGCCUUGGCCAAGUACAAAGAGCGGAAGAUGCCAAUGCCCUCUAAGAGACGCUCUGUUCUAGUUCAGUCCUCUGUAGAGGCAUGCACUCCCCCAGACACGUCCUCGGCAUCAGAAGACGAGGGUUCACUGCGUCGUGCGGGCCGGAUGGUGUCCUCCACGCCGUACCAGAACCACCCGGCGCCGAACGUAGAACACUGGUUUAACAGAGUCAUCCAGGGCUCCUCCACCUCCUCCUCUGCAUCCUCCACCUCAUCCCAUCCUGGAGGGAGUGUCCACGCUACCGUCGCCGUGCUGGCUGACCUCAUGGCAUACACCCAGAUAGAUAACCACUCCGCCCCCCCAGACGUGACUGGCCUAUUGGAACACUCGCUGCAUGCGGACAGAGACAGACCUCCGGUGGCGUCGGUGAAGGUGGUCCCCAGGGGGUACAACCACUCCAGCGUCAUGGAAACCGCUGAUGGUGUCCCAGUGAACAGCAGAGUGUCCUCUAAGAUCCAGCAGCUUCUCAACACUCUGAAGAGACCUAAGAGACCGUCACUUCGAGAGUUCUUCAUUGAUGACUUCGAGGAGCUUGUAGAUGUUCAGCAGCCGGACCCUAACCAGCCCAAGGCGGAGGGGAACCAGAUGUCCCCUCUAGCAGGCGAGCCUCUGGGUGUAGUGACCAACUGGCCUCCCUCCCUGCUGGCCUCCCUCCAGCGCUGGGGCAUCACCCAGCCCAGGAGCCCCUGUCUCACUGCCCUGGACAACGCUGGUAAACCAGUGUACACUCUUACCUACGGCAAGCUGUGGACACGCAGCCAGAAACUGGCCUUCACGCUUCUGAACAAACUGAGCACUAGGAACGAGCCACUACUGCUGCCGGGAGAUAGAGUUGCUCUAGUGUUCCCCAACAGUGACCCUGUGAUGUUUAUGGUGGCGUUCUAUGGAUGUCUGCUGGCAGAGCUGAUCCCUGUGCCCAUUGAGGUGCCCCUCACCAGGAAGGAUGCAGGCAGCCAGCAGAUAGGUUUCCUGUUGGGCAGCUGUGGGGUGACUCUGGCUCUGACUACUGAUGCCUGUCAGAAGGGCUUGCCUAAAGCACAGACUGGAGAGGUGGUCACGUUUAAAGGCUGGCCACGGUUGCUGUGGUUCGUAACAGAUGGGAAGCACGUUGUAAAGCCGCCCAAAGACUGGCACCCCACCAUCAGGGAAGCUAACAAUGAGAUUGCCUAUAUAGAGUACAAGACCAGUAAGGAGGGGAGCACAAUGGGUAUAACUGUCUCUCAUCCAGCCAUGCUAGCCCACUGUCAUGCCCUCACACAGGCCUGUGGAUACACUGAGGCUGAGACCAUUUGCAACGUCCUGGACUUCAAGAGAGAUGCCGGCUUGUGGCACGGGGUUCUCACCAGUGUGAUGACCAGGAUGCACGUGAUCAGCAUCCCUUACUCCCUGAUGAAGGUCAACCCUCUCUCCUGGAUUCAGAAGGUCCACACUUACAAAGCACGCGUAGCUGUGGUGAAGUCCAGAGAUAUGCACUGGUCCCUGUUGGCCCAGAGAGACCAGAGAGACAUCAGCCUGAGCUCUCUGAGGAUGCUCAUUGUAACUGAUGGAGCUAACCCCUGGUCGAUAUCCUCGUGUGACGCCUUCCUGAACGUGUUCCAGGCACGUGGGUUACGUCCUGAAGUGAUCUGUCCAUGUGCCAGCUCUGCUGAGGGCAUGACGGUCGCCAUCCGAAGACCUCCGGAGUCGGGCGUCCCUCCACCAGGGAAGGCAGUUCUGUCCAUGAGUGGUCUGAGCCACAGUGUGAUCCGGGUAGACACCGAGGAGAAGCUCUCUGUCCUCACAGUGCAGGACGUGGGCCAGGUCAUGCCAGGCGCGCUGGUGUGUGUGGUACGUGUGGAGGGAACUCCGUAUCUCUGCCAGACAGAUGAGGUGGGGGAGAUCUGUGUGAGUUCUGGGAGCACCGGCGUGGCAUACUACGGCCUCCCGGGCAUGACCAAGAACACAUUCCAGACCAUCCCAGUAAGAGCGUCAGGAGGUCCCAUCAGUGGCAGACCCUUCACCAGGACGUCACUACUGGGCUUUGUAGGACCUGACAACCUAGUGUUUAUCGUGGGUAGAAUGGACGGGCUGAUGACGGUGUGUGGGCGGAGACACAACGCUGAUGAUGUGGUUGCCACGGCGCUGGCAGUGGAGCCCAUGAAGUUUGUCUACAGGGGGAGGAUAGCAGUGUUCUCCGUCUCAGUUCUCCAUGAUGAGCGUAUUGUAGUGGUGGCAGAACAGAGACCAGAUGCUUCAGAGGAGGGCAGCUUCCAGUGGAUGAGCCGCGUUCUACAGGCUAUAGACAGUAUUCACCAGGUGGGGGUAUACUGCCUAGCUCUGGUCCCUGCCAACACAAUGCCCAAGGCUCCGCUGGGGGGGAUCCAUAUCUCAGAGACCAAACAGAAGUUUCUGGAAGGAGCUCUCCACCCCUGCAACGUCCUCAUGUGUCCUCACAGCUGUGUUACCAACCUGCCCAAACCACGGCAGAAACAACCAGAGGUGGGUCCAGCCUCUAUGAUCGUGGGGAACCUGGUAGCAGGGAAGAGGAUUGCUCAGGCCUGUGGGAGAGACGUGGCUCAACUCGAGGACAAUGACCAGGCACGUAAGUUCCUGUACAUGCAGGAUGUUCUCCAGUGGAGAGCCCAGGCCACACCUGACCAUCCCUUGUUCCUGGUGCUCAACGCCAAGGGCACGGUGUCCAGCACUGCUUCCUGUCUGCAGCUGCAAAAGCGGGCAGAGCGUGUUGCCAUGGCACUGAUAGAGAAGGGACGCCUCAACCCCGGAGAUCACGUAGCACUGGUUUACCCUCCAGGUAUUGACCUGAUCGCUACGUUCUAUGGGUGUCUGUACGCUGGCUGUGUUCCUGUCACCGUCAGGCCCCCUCAUCCUCAGAACCUGGCCACCACCCUGCCCACCGUCAAGAUGAUUGUAGAGGUCAGUAAAUCGGUGUGUAUCCUGACCACCCAAGCAAUAAUGAAGCUGUUGAAGUCCAAAGAGGCUGCGGCUGCUGUGGACGUCAAGUCAUGGCCGAUGGUACUGGACACAGACGACCUCCCCAGGACGAAGAGGCUUCAGAUCUACAAACCUCCCACCCCAGAGAUGCUGGCAUACCUGGACUUCAGUGUGUCCACCAUGGGCAUCCUGGCUGGAGUCAAGAUGUCCCAUGCUGCCACCAGUGCCUUGUGUCGCUCCAUCAAGCUGCAGUGUGAGCUGUACCCGUCCCGCCAGAUAGCCAUCUGUCUGGACCCCUACUGCGGCCUGGGCUUCGCUCUCUGGUGCCUCAGCAGUGUAUACUCUGGCCACCAGUCGAUCCUGGUUCCUCCUCUAGAGUUGGACAGUAAUGUUUCUCUGUGGUUGUCAGCUGUCAGCCAGUAUAAAGUCAGAAUCACAUUCUGCUCUUACUCUGUCAUGGAGAUGUGUACCAAGGGCCUGGGGACACAGACUGAGGCACUACGGUUGCGUAACAUAAACCUGUCGUGUGUUAGGACCUGUAUGGUUGUAGCAGAGGAGCGUCCUCGUAUCACUCUGACCCAGUCCUUCUCUAAGAUCUUUAAAGACCUGGGCUUGUCUCCUCGAGCAGUCAGCACCACCUUCGGCUGCAGGGUCAACAUGGCCGUCUGUCUGCAGGGUACGUCAGGACCAGACCCUACCACAGUCUACCUGGACAUGAGAGCUCUGAGACAUGAAAGGGUUCGUAUGGUAGAGAGAGGCUCUCCACACAGUCUGUCUCUCAUGGAGUCUGGCAAGAUCCUUCCUGGGGUGAAGGUGGUUAUCGCCAACACAGAGACCAAAGGACCUCUAGGAGACUCCCACCUGGGAGAGGUGUGGGUGAGCAGCCCCCACAAUGCAACAGGUUACUACACGGUGUAUGGAGAGGAUGCUCUGCAUGCGGACCACUUCAACACCAAGCUGAGCUUUGGAGACACGCAGACGGUCUGGGCCAGAACAGGAUACCUGGGUUUCCUACGACGUACUGAGCUAACCGACGCCAGCGGAGAACGUCAUGAUGCUCUCUAUGUGGUGGGGUCUCUGGAUGAGACAUUGGAGCUGAGAGGGAUGAGGUAUCAUCCCAUCGACAUUGAGACAUCCGUUAUCCGCUCACACAAGUGCAUCGCUGAAUGUGCUGUGUUCACGUGGACCAACCUCUUGGUGGUAGUAGUGGAGCUGUCUGGGUCAGAGCAGGAGGCUCUGGACCUCGUUCCCCUGGUGACUAACGUUGUUCUGGAGGACCACUACCUGAUAGUGGGUGUAGUGGUGGUGGUAGAUCCAGGGGUUAUACCUAUCAACUCAAGAGGAGAGAAACAGAGGAUGCACCUACGGGAUGGCUUCCUGGCUGACCAGCUGGACCCCAUUUAUGUGGCCUACAAUAUGUAAACAACAACAUAUCAACAAGAUGUAAACACCUGGACUCCGUCUAUGUAACAUGUAAACAAAGGAGGAGGAGGAGGGAGAGCCGCUCAGAGAAUGAGAAAUGGACUAUGGACCACACAGCAGAAACCUCUUGGUGUCUCUUUCUCCCUGUUUGAGUCCCAGCAGAAUAGUGAUGGGUCUUGGUGGGGCUGUACAGUCAGAAUAGUGAUGGGUCUUGGUGGGGCUGGACAGUCAGAAUAGUGAUGGGUCUUGGUGGGGCUGGACAGUCAGAAUAGUGAUGGUCUUGGUGGGGCUGUACAGUCAGAAUAGUGAUGGGUCUUGGUGGGGCUGUACGGUCAGAAUAGUGAUGGUCUUGGUGGGGCUGUACAGUCAGAGUAGUGAUGGGUCUUGGUGGGGCUGUACAGUCAGUAUAGUGAUGGGUCUUGGUGGGGCUGGACAGUCAGAAUAGUGAUGGGUCUUGGUGGGGCUGUACAGUCAGAAUAGUGAUGGGUCUUGGUGGGGCUGUACAGUCAGUAAAGUGAUGGGUCUUGGUGGGGCUGGACAGUCACAAUAGUGAUGGGUCUUGGUGGGGCUGUACAUUCAGAAUAGUGAUGGGUCUUGGUGGGGCUGUACAGUCAGAGUAGUGAUGGUCUUGGUGGGGGCUGUACAGUCGGAAUAGUGAUGGGUCUUGGUGGGGCUGUAUAGUCAGAAUAGUGAUGGUUCUUGGUGGGGCUGUACAGUCAGAAUAGUGAUAGUCUUGGUGGGGCUGUACAGUCAGAAUAGUGAUGGGUCUUGGUGGGGCUGUACAGUCAGAAUAGUGAUGGGUCUUGGUGGGGCUGUACAGUCAGAAUAGUGAUGGGUCUUGGAUGGGUCUUGGUGGGGCUGUACAGUCAGAAUAGUGAUGGGUCUUGGUGGGGCUGUACAGUCAGAAUAGUGAUGGGUCUUGGUGGGGCUGUAUAGUCAGAAUAGUGAUGGUUCUUGGUGGGGCUGUACAGUCAGAAUAGUGAUAGUCUUGGUGGGGCUGUACAGUCAGAAUAGUGAUAGUCUUGGUGGGGCUGUACAGUCAGAAUAGUGAUGGGUCUUGGUGGGGCUGUACAGUCAGAAUAGUGAUGGGUCUUGGAUGGGUCUUGGUGGGGCUGUACAGUCAGAAUAGUGAUGGGUCUUGGAUGGGUCUUGGUGGGGCUGUACAGUCAGAAUAGUGAUGGGUCUUGGUGGGGCUGUACAGUCAGAAUAGUGAUGGGUCUUGGUGGGGCUAUACAGUCAGUAUAGUGAUGGGUCUUGGUGGGGCUGUACAGUCAGAAUAGUGAUGGGUCUUGGUGGGGCUGUACAGUCAGAAUAGUGAUGGGUCUUGGAUGGGUCUUGGUGGGGCUGUACAGUCAGAAUAGUGAUGGGUCUUGGAUGGGUCUUGGUGGGGCUGUACAGUCAGAAUAGUGAUGGGUCUUGGAUGGGUCUUGGUGGGGCUGUACAGUCAGAAUAGUGAUGGGUCUUGGUGGGGCUGUACAGUCAGAAUAGUGAUGGGUCUUGGUGGGGCUGUACAGUCAGAAUAGUGAUGGGUCUUGGUGGGGCUGUACAGUCAGAAUAGUGAUGGGUCUUGGUGGGGCUGUACAGUCAGAAUAGUGAUGGGUCUUGGUGGGGCUGUACAGUCAGAAUAGUGAUGGGUCUUGGUGGGGCUGUACAGUCAGAAUAGUGAUGGGUCUUGGUGGGGCUGUACAGUCAGAAUAGUGAUGGGUCUUGGUGGGGCUGUACAGUCAGAAUAGUGAUGGGUCUUGGUGGGGCUGUACAGUCAGAAUAGUGAUGGGUCUUGGUGGGGCUGUACAGUCAGAAUAGUGAUGGGUCUUGGUGGGGCUGUACAGUCAGAAUAGUGAUGGGUCUUGGUGGGGCUGUACAGUCAGAAUAGUGAUGGGUCUUGGUGGGGCUGUACAGUCAGAAUAGUGAUGGGUCUUGGUGGGGCUGUACAGUCAGAAUAGUGAUGGGUCUUGGUGGGGCUGUACAGUCAGAAUAGUGAUGGGUCUUGGUGGGGCUGUACAGUCAGAAUAGUGAUGGGUCUUGGUGGGGCUGUACAGUCAGAAUAGUGAUGGGUCUUGGUGGGGCUGUACAGUCAGAAUAGUGAUGGGUCUUGGUGGGGCUGUACAGUCAGAAUAGUGAUGGGUCUUGGUGGGGCUGUACAGUCAGAAUAGUGAUGGGUCUUGGUGGGGCUGUACAGUCAGAAUAGUGAUGGGUUUUGGUGGGGCUGUACAGUCAGAAUAGUGAUGGGUCUUGGUGGGGCUGUACAGUCAGAAUAGUGAUGGGUCUUGGUGGGGCUGUACAGUCAGAAUAGUGAUGGGUCUUGGUGGGGCUGUACAGUCAGAAUAGUGAUGGGUCUUGGUGGGGCUGUACAGUCAGAAUAGUGAUGGGUCUUGGUGGGGCUGUACAGUCAGAAUAGUGAUGGGUCUUGGUGGGGUUGUACAGUCAGACCAGGAAGGCAAGGGACUAGAUGGGACUGGAAGAGCAGGCAGGGGACUAGACUGGAGGAGCAGGCAGGGGACUGGAGGAGCAGGCUAAUGCCAACACUGUGGAGGAGAUGGGAGGGACUGAUUGUUUAUUCCAGCUGGGUUCCUUUAACAAUGUUAUGUUACAAUUUUAUAUCAUACACUUAUUAAUACUUUAUGGCAUGAAGAGUUGAAGACACAUUUCAUGUCCUCCUUCGUCUCAGUAGUCCAUUCCAAAAAUAACUGUUGAAACAGUCCAAAACAGAGAACUUUAACGUAUAAAAUAUGUCAUAUAUUAUUCCAACACUAAUUGUUUCAGACUUCAUGUAAUCAGUUGAUACUCUGGCAAAGAACAUCAUUGGAAUUUAACAUGAUCAACUUGCCACAUGUUUUAAAUGAGGCCUUAAGUAUUCCCAGAUGCCUGUUCCUGUCUGAUUUUACUUGUGUUGAUGUGAGGCAGCUGGUUGGCUGAGGAGGAGGUCAGGUUGAAUGAUUAGCCCUUGUGCACGUCCCAAUAUCUCCUGAAGUGUGCGCUUGUUCACUACUUCCCACAAAUCUAAAAGCAUUGUAUUGGUGGAGGCAUGGUCUACUGGGAGUUUCCACCGUAUUUGUUAUACCAGUCAUUUCCUUUCUAAUCAGUGGAGGGAUGUGAACACGUUCACACUUUAAACAUUUGGAGUAUAGCCCUUCUCUCUGUGUGGCUGAAUACUCUUUCAUUGUUUGUAUCUAGUGGAAUCUGGAGGUAUUUUUGCUGAAUAUAUUAUGAAUAAAAAGCUCACAGAUCACAUGGAGCCAUGGGGUCUGAUGAGGGCCAGGCGGUGACAUAUUACAUGAUUCUCUCAGAAGACUUCUCUAAUGAGUGAGAGGUUGCAGUACAUGUUGUUCCUCUACUGUCAUCCAUCAUACCUGCUAUGUUAAGACCACUCCUCUGUAUCCAUAGUGCAUCCUGUUGGCCCAGGCAACAGCCUGCUGUAAGUAUGUGCAGAGUUAUGUAAGUUAAUAGUAUUGGGCCCCAGAUAGAGCCUCUUGCUCUGGGUACAUGGUUCAUGUGUGGGAAGAGACUGAAGAUGUUUCAGAUGAACCUCCUCACUAACCACAUAUUAACAUGUUACUGUCUGAAGACAACAGAACAAAAGGAAAGAAGCCGUGUAAUAUGUAUUGUAUGAACACUGAGGACUGGCUACUGCAGGGAGGCAACACCCUGGGGACUGGCUACUGCAGGGAGGCAACACCCUGGGGACUGGCUACUGCAGGGAGGCAACACCCUGGGGACUGGCUACUGCAGGGAGGCAACACCCUGGGGACUGGCUACUGCAGGGAGGCAACCAAGCAACACCCUGGGGACUGGCUACUGAAGGGAGGCAACCAAGCAACACCCUGGGUACUGGCUACUGCAGGGAGGCAACCAAGCAACCCCCUGGGGACUGGCUACUGCAGGGAGACAACCAAGCAACACCCUGGGGACUGGCUACUGCAGGGAGGCAACCAAGCAACCCCCUGGGGACUGGCGACUGCAGGGAGGAAACCAAGCAACACCCUGGGGACUGGCUACUGCAGGGAGACAACCAAGCAACACCCUGGGGACUGGCUACUGCAGGGAGGAAACCAAGCAACACCCUGGGGACUGGCUACUGCAGGAAGACAACCAAGCAACUCCCUGGGGACUGGCUACUGCAGAGCGACAAACAAGCAACUUUCUGACAGACUGUUCUGAUGAAUGGUGACAUCUGUCAUCCUGGAGAUAUUUUGAGGACAUUCUGUUUGUGUAAAGAUUCACGUGUCUAUGGUUUGUUGUCAUUAUUUUCACAACAUGCUUUCUUAAUAAAUACAAUACUUUUAUCACAUGA